CCUUGUUUGAAUAAUUCUAUCGGAGGUAGCGCCUGUUCCAAAAUUUUUCCUGAGUCAGCGCCACGGGGGAUUUGGCAUUCCCCCACAGGAAUAUACAGCUUUGUGCGCCAUCCGCCGUUUGGAUUAUUUCAAAAACUUCACGUUUCGUUACUUAGCCUCAGUUCAAUCCCGGGAUUAUGGAAGAAAACCAGAAACCGAACAUUCCCCUCCUUUGUCGUAAAGGAUGUGGCUUCUACGGUAGCCCUAACUACGAUGGCCUGUGUUCAAAGUGCCAUCGUUGUGCACAAGUUCAGCAGAACGCCCGAGAAUCUCGGUUAUCCGUAGCGGAUCUCCGAAAAUCGCCGGAACCUCCAGUGGAAGCUAUCCUGAAACAGGAUUCACCCGCCCUUACCCCCGAAAAGGAUUCACCGGUGAAAAGUCGCCACUCGUCCGACACAUCGUCUUCUGCCACUACAGUAGUCGGUUCUGACGGUUCUUCGUCAACAAUUAGUGAUCCUAAAUCGUCACCACAUCUUGACGAGGAAGACACAGAGGCCAGCCUUUCAGCAUGUUCAGUCGGUGAUAAAUCAGAUGUUACCAGCUUUCCAGCUCCCAAGAAGCCGCGGCGUUGUGAGGUGUGUCGCAAACCAGUCGGUCUGGCCAGUGGUUACACAUGCCGAUGUGAAGGACUCUUCUGCAGUUUGCAUCGUUACUCAGACGCACACAAUUGCUCGUUCGACUACCGGAAAGCUGGACAAGAAGAUAUUCGACGAACCAAUCCGCAAAUUAUAUGCCCUAAACUACCCAAGAUUUAAAAUGCCCAGUCCAUGAUGAUGGCUGUUUAGUCGUACCGCUGUAGAUGAUAAGUAUGCGUCGGACGUUGAAUCGCUGCAUAAGUCUGUUGUGUCUACCUUUCCCCGUUCCAGUCAUUUGGUCAAUAUUGGCUCCAACAAACGCGUCUAGCGAUUUCCCUGCAUAUAGCGUGAACCAAGGAUUACUUAAUGGACAAUUUUCCAACUUAUGCUACUGUAUUCCACUCAUAUAUUUUGAGCUGUGAGUAAACUGCCGUUCUUUAUGAAUGCCGAUCCAAGCGUAAGAGCUGUCCAACUGAUGCGGUGAUCUAAUCAUUCAGUAGUGGCGUUCGCAACGCGCGACAAUCUCUGUCUAGUUGCGAGAGUGCCUAAACUGUGAAAACUGAGUCACAUGCUUGUGUCUUUCUGAUUGCUGUUUGAUUUGUUCCAAAUCAACAUUCUCAGUGAUUUUCUCCCUUGAGCUCUGGUCUGUCGGUUGCCUCGCUCGGCAGUUCUGCUGAUUUUAUCACUCAUUGAGGUGUUUACCGACUUACUACUAUCUCCAGCAGCUCAUGGUUCAACUCGUGGUUAACUUCAAGCACAGUGAAUUCACGGAGCAGAACCAGAGUACUGGCUAUUUUGUACACAGCUUUGGUUUUGUCAUGUUUUUCCCCGUUUCAACGAAAUACUCGAUUACAGUGCUUUGAUCGGCUGUGUUUUCCCUUGUUACCUAAACAUCAGUCAUUGCCGAUGGCGACCACGUGGUGGCCAGAGAGCGUAUCUACAACUGCUUUCCCUGCGAUUAUUUCAUUUCAUCACCGGGUUUGGCUACUCUAUCUUGUCUUUCUUCUGCUACACUUUUUUUAACUGUAUACACGCGCUUCUGUGCAUUGGACCCUACUCUUGAUGGUUCAUUGUUCCUCCACAUGUUUACCUUUCCCACGUCUACCUUAUUAUCACGCACAUGCCGUUCCCGCCACGUUGCAGUGCUUAGUCUUUUCCCCAAUGUAUUCUGUAUUCCUAUCAUUUUCUUAUUUCACUACAAACGCGCUGUCUUGUAUUUUUUUGAAUUCAACUUAGCUAGUAUGCUUGGUUUGAGUCCUCACACGAAACACAAUAAUCUUUCUUAUGUGAUUUUUGCC